AGAGGUACGGAUACUGAAGCUUGGACUAAAGAGUGCAUCAUACUCGAAGAAUAGAAGGAUUAUGACAGAAUCGACAAGAUAUUGAACAGAUUUUUGUCAUAUUUGUGUUAACUUUCAACUUUGGCAAUAAUUAUUUGGCUGUGUGGCAGUUAUGUAUUCGUGCGUAAUUGUAGUGGCAUGAUGCCUUGUUCAGAUACACUAAAUCAUUAGCCUACUAUCGCACCUCUUGGCUCAUUUUGAUGGACAAGCGGAGGCCUUGCUGCUCUCAAGUUUGCAUUCUUGCUUGUGAAAUGUAUUCACUUUGAUAAGUUAUUUGUUCGUUUUCGUUUUUUUGAUACCAUUUUUUUAGCCAAGUUUUGUUCUGUCCAUGCAAGAGGAAUGCAAUAAUAUUUUUGCUCAAGGGAUAUGAUGAUGCUAGCUCAUUGUUGAGAGAUUCGUCUGGAUGAGCUGCAUCCUCUGGAUUGUAGGAGUGGACUAGAGCAGGUCAUUCUCUAAACCAACAAAGCGACCAAGGAGACAGACACAUCGCUUUGGUUUGGGACAAAAAAAGAAAGACAUUGACUUGGAAUAGCUGGAAUUAUCCAAAUAUGGUUCACUGUGCCGGCUGCGAAAGACCUAUUCUGGACAGGUUUCUACUCAAUGUUCUGGACAGACCAUGGCACAUCAAGUGCGUACAGUGCUGUGACUGUAAAUGCAAUUUGACAGAAAAAUGUUUUUCACGGGAAGGGAGGCUGUACUGCAAAAACGACUUUUUUAGGAGAUUUGGCACAAAGUGUGGAGGUUGCGCCCAGGGAAUCUCGCCCAACGAUUUGGUUCGAAGAGCAAAGAGCAAAGUGUUUCACCUGAACUGUUUCACGUGCAUGAUGUGUAACAAACAGCUAUCUACUGGAGAGGAAAUGUACAUUUUAGAUGAAUUUAAGUUUGUUUGUAAAGAGGACUACCUAAGCAAUAGCAACGGAAAGGACACAACCCUCCUCUCAGUCACGACCUGCAGUGACCCAAGUCUAUCUCCAGAUUCCCAAGACCCACAGGAUGAUGGUAAAGAUUCGGAAAUCGGGCCUUUAUCCGAUAAAGAGGUGGGUAGCAAUGAAAACGAUGAGCAGAACGUAGGGGGGAAACGACGUGGGCCUCGAACAACUAUAAAAGCCAAGCAACUUGAGGUCCUCAAAGCUGCUUUCACGGCCACGCCAAAACCCACAAGACACAUUCGAGAACAGCUGGCGCAGGAGACAGGUCUCAACAUGAGAGUGAUCCAGGUUUGGUUCCAAAAUCGUCGGUCUAAAGAGCGGCGCAUGAAGCAGCUGAGUGCACUGGGGGCGAGAAGGCACUCGUUCUUCCGCAGUCCAAGGAGAAUGAGAACUCUGGUGGACCGACUCGAACCCGGGGAGCUGGUCCCCAACGGCCAUUUCUCAUACUAUGGUGAUUAUCAGAGUGAAUACUAUGGACCUGGAGGAAAUUUUGAGUACUACACCCAAGGCCCCCCCUUGUUGCAGGCCCAGACCCCAGUGGACCUAGGCUUCUCCUCUGGCCCCGCUGGCACCCCUUUAGGUGGUAUGGACCAUCACCUGGCUGGGCACCACCCAUCUGGUGAGGUGCAGUGCUUCACUGACAUCAUAUCUCACCAUCCAGUGGACUCGCCUAGCCCCGAGCCCAACGGACCCGGGUCAAUGCACAGCAUCUCCAGUGAGAUGUGUGGCGUCAGCACACCUUUCACCUCACUGUCCAUCAACGGCAGUGGAUACAGCAACCAAUUGUCACACCCCUCCUCAGAGAUGAGCGAAGGCACUGUCUGGUAGCCCACAGGACAUUAUGAAGCCAAGGCUAACUAUUGACUUAGGAGGCAACUGAAGUCCUGAGCGAGUAUCCCUUUUACUUUAUAUUAUUUAUUUAUUCAUCAAUUAAUUUAUAUAUAAUAAUAUAUACGCAUUUAAUUUAUUACUUGUCUCUAACUACCUUUACUGCUGUUUUGAUUGUUGCAGUUUUAUUUAAAGAUUCCCACAGUAACAGUGUAGACUCUAAAGCAGUCAUAUAAUGGUGAAUACUGUACAAGCGUUCAGCAGAACUUUUGCUUUAGAGGGUCUACCAUAUCAAAUGAUAAUGAUUUUUUACCUAAAGCUUUUAUGAUGGCUUUGGUAUUCGUGCUUAUUUCUAAAUUUGUUUUUGUUUCUCUGUAUAUUUCUGUGUUUUGCCAAAUCCUAGAGAGUUUGCCUUCAAAAGGAAAACUUUAAAAAGUUGUAUAAUCUUUUAUUUAAUUGAAAAUAACUUGAAUUUGAAGAAGAAGUCAACCUUCUAAAAAUCUAUGGACAAUGGUUUGAGGUGGACACAGUAGAACAGUCAACUGUUUACGUAUAUAUUUACAGUACUUCAGGGGUUUGAAUAUGAGCAUUGUUUGAAACCUCUUGAUUCAGAUGUGAACAUCGUUCAAGCAACAAACCAAACUUUUGUAUUUAUUCUAUUUAUAUUAUGGUCAUGGUUCCUCACUGUGCUAGAUUGUAUUAUUGUGUUUACUUCGAAGAACAUUUAAAAACACAAAUAGACAGUUGCCAAAUAAGGAUAAAAGCACAAUUCGUUAGUGCUUUGCGUCAUCAAUUGCUAAACAUACUACAAGAAACAUAGUAGCAUUUUUAACAGAAUGUGUUAAAUUAUAGUUAAUUAUAUAAUGAGGCUGUCUUUUGUUUCUGAAAGGCUUUAUUUUGUGUCUUUACAUGAAAGUCCAAAUGAUUAAACAUUGAUGGUCAAAUAUGUUACCAGCAGCUGCUAUAUUCUUGAAAUAUCAACUCUCAUAUGAUUAUGUGACCUCUAGUGCAUAUUAGACCAUUCACUGUAUAAUAAAACAUGUACAAAAAAACUGCAAGCUUUUUUAACGAUAAAGGGGUGGACAUUUUUGGGUUGAAAAGAUGGACGCUACUGUUCUUUCCUCACUCACUUCUAACACACCUUCUGCACACUUCUUGAUUUCUAAACAGUCGACCUAAAGUACAGUUUACCCAACUGCCCCUAGGCCCUAGUGUUACGUUAUUUAAAUCCCUGACAUUGGGUGUGUCCGAUGAACAGAAUCCACGCACUGAUUAGACUACAGUACACAGAGGGCCACAUCCACGCCGACAACGCUACUCAGCUCUCCAUCAUCAGAUACAUUGACAUGAGGAUGUCUGAGCAGGCCUCUUCUAUAAGUGGAUAGGAGUUUGGAAAGAGGAAGAUCAAGCCUAUAAAUUAAGAACAUAUGACAUAACGGUAGACCUACAUAUUUCUCAAAUGCAAUAAGAUUUUUUAAAUAUGAUAAUGAGAUCCUACAUGUAUGAAUUGGCACCAAAAAAUUGCAGUCACAACCCUGUGGCACUAAUUAUAGAAGUAGGCCUACAACAUAUAGAAAGUAUAUUAUUAAUUUACCAUGUAUUAUAACCCACUUUAUCUGAAGGGUUUAAGGUGUAUUAUGCUGAACAACAAUUACGUCGAAUAGUAUUCGCCAACCCGACAUUAUCUGGUUGAAUUAUUUUAAUAAUCCAAAAUCAAUAGCCUAAACAACAACCUCCAGUUGCUUGAAGUUAAACUGUUGCA